UGAUGGGGACCAGGCUGCCAGGGCCACCACAGGCCUUGAUGGGGACUUAAUGGGGCCUAACGGGGCUCCUCCACUGCCACAGGGCCUGAUGGGGACCAGGCUGCCAGGGCCGCCACAGGGCUUAACGGGAUGUGGGUCCCCUCCACCACAGGGUUUAACGAGGACCGGGCCGCCACUGUCACCGUGGGGUUAAUAGGACUGAGUGCGCCCUCACCAUAGGGCUUAACAGGGACCGGACUGCCAGGGCCACUGCGGGGCUUAGCGGGGACUGGCUGCCCCCGUCCGGAUACUAACGGGGUCCCGAUUGCCACCGCGGGAACUCAAACACCAAAGGCGUUCAUUCCACGCCGAAAAGAGGAGUACAGAGGUCCCGCAGCUCCCGCCCUCGUUCCCUCCCAGAGGAGGAGCGAGGAGGCUCUGCCCUCGUUCCGCCCCGUUGUGCCCGGGAGGCGGAGCGCGAAGCCGCCGCGCCUCUUGCUCCGGUUCCGCCCCGGGAGGCGGAGCGAGGAGGCUCUGCCUCGUUGUACCGAGAGGCGGAGCGCGAUGCCCCGCUCUCCCCUCUCUCGUUCCUCCCACUUUGAACCCCCGGGAGGCGGAGCGCGGGGUCAAGGGGCGGAUCCGGUGCCGCCGGGGCUCCUGUGCGGGGCGGCGACACGUGCGCGGAGCGGCGGCGACACGGAUCGCCGCCGAGCAAGGCCAUGGCCAUCAAGGAGAAGCUGGAGCAGGCGCUGAAGCAAGAGCACGGCAAAGAUGGGCAAGAGCUGCACCAGAUGCUGGCCACCUCGUUCCAGAUGCUCCAGCAGAAGAGGAUCGAGUUUGAGCCCGCCAAGCACAGCGCCUCUGAGCAGCUGAACCCUCUCUGGGGCAAGUAUGAGCUGCUCAACCCCCGCAAGGAGGCUGCGGACAGCCGUGAGCCUGCCAAGCAAGGCAGCAAACGUGUCCCAGGGAUGCAAGGAGUUGGGAUCCCCAUGCCCCAGAAGGUGCUUUUCCCCGUGGAGCGCCUCUCCCUGCAGUGGCAGCGGACCCACCGGAUCGGCGCCGGGCUGCGAAACUUAGGGAACACCUGUUUCCUCAACUCCACCGUGCAGUGCCUCACCUACACGCCUCCGCUUGCCAACUACCUGCUUUCCAGGGAGCACAGCCGGACUUGCCAGCGAGGCGAGUUCUGCAUGCUGUGCACUAUGGAGAACCACAUGAUCCAGGUUUUCGGUAGCAGUGGCAGCGCAAUACAGCCGAUAUCCUUCAUCAGAGGCAUCAAGAAGAUCGCCAAGCACAUCCGCUUUGGCAGCCAGGAGGAUGCACACGAGUUCCUGAAUUUCACCAUCGAUGCCAUGCAGAGGGCCUGCCUGAAUGGUUAUACCCAGCUGGAUCGCCAGACCCAGACCACAACACUGGUUCACCGGAUCUUUGGUGGCUACCUGCGGUCCCGUGUGAAGUGCAAAGGGUGCAAUUCGGCCUCAGACACCUAUGAACCAUUCCUGGACCUGGCGGUGGAGGUCAAGGAAGCUGAAAACAUCCAGCAGGCACUGAACUUGUUUGUGAGGCCAGAGAUGCUGUGCAAGGAGAAUGCCUACAUGUGUGACAAGUGCAAGACCAAAGUGCGAGCGAUCAAACGCUUCAGCAUCCACCAAGCAUCCAAUGUUCUGACGCUCUCGCUGAAGCGCUUUUCCAACUUCAGUGGAGGCAAAAUCACCAAGGACGUGGCAUACCCCGAGUUCUUGGACAUCCGACCUUACAUGUCAGAGAAUGAAGGGGACCCUAUUAAGUAUAAGCUCUACGCUGUGCUGGUGCACUCGGGGUACUGCUGCCGCUCAGGGCAUUACUACUGCUACGUGAAGGCCAGCAAUGGGCAGUGGUACGAAAUGAAUGAUGCCAUUGUCCGCCUCAGCAACAUCAAAGUGGUCCUGAACCAGCAGGCCUACGUGCUCUUCUACCUGAGAACACCCGGCACCAGCAAGAGCUUUCAGGGACCUAUUGCCAAGGCUGUGUCCAUCCCGUCCAGCCAGCCAGUGAUGGGCCAGAAACCAGAGACGCAGCCAGCAAAGAAGCUGUCUGGGCGGGAGGAGGUUGGGGUCUCUGUGCCCCGUAGAACAUUCAACACGGGGCCAAAUCUGGCAAGUGUUGUGGUUCCACCAAAGCUGCCGCAGAGUGUGCCCCCUUCAUUCAAAUUAAAACGUGACAUCCUGAAAGGGCACUCAGCCCUGCCUUACGACGCAGCCCAAAGGCCCAAGAAGCUCCGGCACCUGCCUCAUGGACCCAGAAUAUUUCAGGACUACAAGACUAGCAAAACAAGUGAGGCCAAAGAGGAGCUGCCCCUGGAUAGCUUCUUUGAGACCAAGAAGCCACGCAUCUCGUUCAAGAUGCUGCAGGAGCCCAGACAGCACCUCUCUGCGGUCCCUGGAGUUGUGCCAGCUGUUCCUGACAGCUGCUAUCUGGUUAAACUGAAGCGCUCCUUGUUGACCGGUGGUGCUGUGGAGCGGAGCAGCUCCACAUCUCCACCACCAGCCAAGAAGCUGGCACUCUCUGCUGAAAAGGGCAGCACUCCACAGGCAGCGAGCAGAGGUGAGCACGACUCACAACCUCACUCACACCUUCCCGAGCAGAUCCACCCCAUGGACACCACCCACCCUGACUCCACUUCCCAGCCUUCUGGCAAGUUGAGCCCAUCUUCAUCUGCGCUGAAACAGCUGAAUCCAGAAAAGCCUCCUUCCAAAUUAUCAACUCUUCAGUUCCUCAGCUCUCCCCUGAAAAAGCGCCACCAUGGGGCAGACGGCAGCCCUCAUUCUCUAUCUGUGAAUGGCAAAGAUGACACCUCCAGCCCGCCCAGAAAGAAGAGCCGCUCACACAGGGACUCGGUGUCCCCCGUGGGGGACGAGUUAAGAAAGAGUCCCAGUGGUGGCCAGAAGGAGCCAGGAUGCCAGGAGCUGGCUGGAGAGCACAAGAGGAAGAGGAAGAAGAAAAAGAGGAAGAGGAGGAAAACGGCAUCAAUAAAGUGCUCUUCUGGGGCUCUGUCCUCAGGCAGGAGGGUUGAGACAGAGCCCCGGGCACCGAAGCAGCGCUGCAUGGAGGCUGGUGAGAUGGAGUACUGUGAAUACCAGCAGAAGGAACAGCUCAGCCACCCAGCCUCAGAGAAGCUCAGUGCCAACAACAUCCACACCUCAGAGAGCUCUCCAGCAAUAUGUGCCUGGCAACAACAGGCUGGCAGUGGAGACAGGCUCUCCACAGCUGUCCAGAGCCCCGAGCCAGACCAUGGGGCUGGUACACCACCUGCGAGCCACCAAACAUCUCGUGUAUUGAAGAACCUUCUUAAGGACUCAAUGGACAAGGCAUAUGGCAAAGAAGUGCUGACCUGGGAGGGAGAGACAUCUGCAGUCAGCCGAGAUGCCAUUCGGGAUGCUACAGAGUCCCAGAACACAACGGUCAUUGACGAGUGGGACAGAGAGCUCGACCAAGGGAAGGUGAAGAAGACUAAAUUUAAACUGAAGAGGGACUGGAAAAGACCUUUCUCUCCCUUCCAGCAGCUGAAAAACAGGCGCCGCUUCUGGAGCAAUACGCAUCCUGCCAAGGGAGCCAGCCUGAGCCGUCGGCUCUGAGCUCCUGCUCCCUACCUGGCUCUGUCCGUUGUUGUUUUCCCCUCCUGGACAGGGCCGGUACCCACCUGCCUCCUCCUUCCCCCUGUUUAAGUUGCAAUGGAAUUGUUUUUACCAAUCCCCCUCACCAUCUCCUCCCCUGCUCUUCCUCCUUUCCCUGCCCCUGUGUCUCCCCACUUCCCUCCCUCCUCCCUUUCUCCCUCCUCCCUUUCUCCUCCCUUCCCUCUCCUUUCUCCCCCCUCUCCUUUCUCCCCCUCCAUAUCCUUUCCCUCCUCCCCUCUCCCUUUCUCCCUCUCCAUCUCCCCAUUCCCCUCUGUCUCCUUUCUGCUUCCCUCCCUCUCCCUUUCUGCAUCCCCAUCUCCCUUGCCCACCCCUCCCCAUCUCCCUCUCCCCUCCUCUCCCCUUGUGCUCCCCGCGCUGGCCGUGGGUUUCCCCCAUUCCGCCCCCAAUAAACGCUUGAUCUAACCCUGCGCUGUGCGACCCUGGGAGGGGGGAGCAGCGGGAGGACACUCCCGAGCUGGCCUCGUCCUUCCCCGGGUCUCGGUGCCAGCGGUGCUGAGGGCCGCGGACCUGCUGCCUGCAGCAUUGAUGCUGCCAGAUCAUGGACCUGCUCCCUGCAGCAUCAGUGAUGCUGGGUCAUGGACCUGGAGCCACAGCAUCGGUGCUGGGACUAUGAACCUGCUGCCUGCAGCAUCAGAGAUGCCAAAUCAUGGACCACAGAUUUGCUUCCCGCUGCAUUGGAGCUGGGCACCACGGACCUGCAGCCACAGCAUCGGUUCUGCUGGACUCUAGGACCUGCUGCCUGCAGUGUUGAUGCUGCCAGGUCAUGGACCAUGGACCUGCUGCCUGCGUCAAGGAUUCUGCCGGGCUCUGGGACCUGCUGCCUGCAGCAUUGAUGCUGCCAGGUCAUGGACCAUGGACCUGCUGGGCUCUGGGACCUGCUGUCCGCACGCUUUGCCUCCGCUGCUCACACUUUGUAUUGAUGUGAACGUGUCUGGCGUUCAGGAGCACCCGGGUUGUUCCCAGAGCCUGCUUGCAGGGUGGGCUGAGCAGGGCGAGGUGGCUCAGGGGCUGCAGGUCCCCUCUCUCAUGCAGGUGCAGUUUGCUUUCCUGCUUUUCUGCCUCCUCUGUGUCUGCAGAGGACAGGGCAGGAAGGCACUGCUGUGCUUCGACACUCUGACGUUUCUGCGGGUCAGCUGGGAGGUUUUCCUCAAGCAAGGAAUUUGCCAAGAGGGAGGCUGGAGUCUGGCUAAGUGACAACUGCAACCAAGCCCCCACACACUCAAAUACUCUGUGAAAUCACGGAGGUCUUAGAAAAAGAAACCGUCAUAAUAGCCUCAAACUCUCAAAUACUCGGGAGCCUUCAGCAAAAAUCAUAAUAAAGGCCUAA